UUUAUGUAUUGAGAGAAGACAGCACGAACUGUUUUUUCUUCUUCACUACAUCCUAGAUCCAUCCACAUUAUCUGUGGUAAGGCAAACCAAUAAUUAUUGUAGCCUAAGGUCUACCACUGAACCAUGCAUAUAUGUUUUUGUAAAUAGUAGAUUUUAAAUUUUUGUUACACAAAUAGAAUACAGCUAAAAACCUAGCUUGUUGAAGAAUUACUUCCUUUGCUUUUCUUUAAUUCCCUUUGUAAGUAUGAGCGGAUGGCAUAUGAUGACUAAACCCCAAACAGGAAAUUGCUAAUCUGGGACAUUUUUUCUCAUGACAUUUCAGCAUCUUGAAAUGCAAACUCCACACUCUUAUCUUAGAAUUUAGGUUAAACAUGAAAUCUUUAUUAGAAAGCAGUAGAUAUUAGUAAUUAAGUCUGCUUGACUAGAUAACUUAAGGGGAAACAGGUGUUUGAGUUCGGUGUUAUCAUUACGGAAGCUUAAAACUACUUUGAAAGAUAGACAUUCCUUUGGUCCCUCUCUUCUGGCUUCAUCUUUAGUCUGUACUGACUCUCGGGGUAAAGCAGAAGUUUUGGAGUACCACUGUUAAGUCUGCAGGUCCUUUUUACUCCCACAGUUUUACUUGUAGUUGCUUGGUGUGCAUUCCCAAAUAGAUGGAAAUAAAGAUAAGCAAGGGGUUGUUUCUUAAAAUAUUGCAAAAGGUGAUUGAUUAUGAAGUUACCAAACAUGGCAGUACAUUUUACAUAAUGGUAACUUAAUAUCUCUUUUGUGGAUAUAUGAACAAAAUUGUAUCAGAACUAGGGACUUGUUGUUUAUUCUGGCUGACUGACCAGAAACAAAGGAAGAGGUUUGCUUUGGGCUUUAAAUGUCUUGUUCUUACAAGGAUAAAUUGAUUUUUAUGGUAUAUAAUUUAGAUACAAGUGAGCUAUUACAUCAUGAAAAUGAGUUGUUAUAUGGAGUUGUUCAAACUGGAGAAAGAUGAAAUAUGAGUUGUGUUCAAAUGGAUGCACACAAUAUGGUACAUAAAGCAAAACGAGGGUGUGAAACCUUAGGUGUAAAGAGAGUCUGUUUAGAGAGAAUAAGGCAGUGUAUAAAGUAUGAAGUGUAACAUGAUACUUAACUUUGGAGUAAAUAGAAAACUUGCCAAUUGGGAAAAUCAUAAAAUGAAAUAAAAUGUUGAGCAGUUGUACCUCUAAAGAAAAAACUAAAUAAAUUAGGCAGUUUAGCCCAGAGAAGGAAGGACCAUGAGGAGAAAUGAAUUUGUCUUGGUGUUUUAAAGGUUACUAUACAGAAGAGAAUGAAAAAGAAAAAUAUUUAAAUUGUAUAGCAUUCAGGUGAAGUGUGAGAGAAUUCCUUGGGAUAUGAAACCAAGUUUCCCCCCCCCCCCCCGCUCUGGAAAUAUGGGAGAAGUACUUAUUAAUGUGGCAUAUUUCUGUAUAAAAAGAGGACCAGAUUCAUUUAUCAGAUACUCAUUUGAGCACUUAAUAUGUGCCAGGAACUUGGGAGACAUCAGUAAACAAAGACUACCCUCAUAGACCGGUUGUUUAGAGUCAUAGGUGCUGAAUUGCAAGAUUGCAAAAGGCAGAGGCAGUUGCUUGUAAGAAUGUAACAACUUCAUUUGAUAAUAGUGAUCAGUAGAGAAUACUUAUAGUCUGGGGUCCUUUAUGGAAGCCUUAAAUAUGUUUUCAUUCCUGUGAUGUUAUUUCCUUCAGAUGUUAGCUAGGGGCACUGUGUGUUGGGGAAAACUCAUUGCUCAUCUGGGGGAACAGAAUACCAUAUGUGAAAUUACUGUUUCUUUGCUGUCCUAUUUUAUGCCAUAGGUCUGAUCGAUGCCAUGGUGAUCCUGUUCAGGAUCACUUGCUAUUUAAGAAGACUCUCCUGCCAGUCUGGAAGAUGAUAGCCAGUCACAGGUUCAGCAGUCCGUUUCUGAAGCCUGUGUCAGAAAGGCAGGCCCCAGGAUACAAGGAUGUGGUGAAAAGGUCAGUGGAAAAGGGGUCAAGAAAGACCCAUGGACUUAACUAGCCUGAAAAGGAAUCUGUCCAAGGGACGGAUUCGCACCAUGGCUCAGUUCCAGCGGGACCUGAUGCUGAUGUUCCAAAAUGCUGUGAUGUACAAUGACUCUGAUCAUCAUGUAUACCAUAUGGCUGUGGAGAUGCAGCGAGAAGUCUUGGAGCAGAUUCAGGUGCUGAGUAUUUGGUUAGACAAAAGAAGAGACUUAAAUAGUCUGGAAUGAAAACUAACCAACCCUAUGGAUGAUGGAAAACCUGUUUUGCUAACUUGGAGCUGCUUCCCUGAACUUUUCUGGAUUUUGGACCUUUCACUGAGACUCUGACUUACUGAAGAUCCCAAUACUUGUUUACCAUUUCUCUGUUGUCUUUUCUAAUAAGAAUUACACCUUAACUAACAACCAAAGAGUUUAAGGUGCUUGUGGACAUGAUAUAAAGAAAACACAGAAAACAGAUUUGGGGUUAUGCCAUAUAUGUUGCCCACAUCUUUGUUCCGUAAGGUUAAUUUAGAGUUGAUACACGUGAAGAAUCUUAAAUUGUAGCUGAAAAGCCAGAAUGGAGCUAUCAAUGCCCCCACCUCAGAUCUACGUAGAAAAGACUCUGGCUAUUAUCAAACCAGAUAUUGUUGACAAAGAGGAGGAGAUACAAGAUAUUAUUCUCAGAUCUGGAUUCACCAUUGUUCAGAGAAGAAAACUGCAUCUCAGCCCUGAGCACUGUAGUAACUUUUAUGUGGAACAAUACGGGAAAAUGUUUUUCCCCAAUUUAACAGCUUACAUGAGUUCUGGACCACUUGUUGCCAUGAUAUUAGCUAGAUAUAACGCCAUCUCUUACUGGAAAGAACUCUUGGGACCAAGUAAUAGCUUAGUAGCUAAGGAGACACACCCAGACAGUCUGAGGGCGAUUUAUGGCACAGAUGAGCUAAGAAAUGCACUUCAUGGAAGUAAUGAUUUUGCUGCAGCAGAAAGAGAAAUUCGAUUCAUGUUUCCUGCAGUGAUUGUUGAGCCCAUUCCAGUUGGACAAGCUGCUAAGGACUAUUUAAAUUUGUAUGUAACGCCAACUCUGCUUAAAGGACUCACAGAACUUUGUAAGCAAAAACCAGCAGAUCCUUUUAUUUGGCUAGCUGAUUGGCUGCUGAAAAAUAAUCCCAACAAACCUAAACUGUGUCAUCAUCCAGUUGCGGAAGAAUCUUAUUAAAAUAAAACCCUCAAAGAACAAAUCAUGAGCUGUCUUACUAUAAAAGGCAUGCUUCUACUUAAGAAAAAAGUAACUCCUAAGGGUUUAUGUAACUACAUGUGAACUUAUUUCUU